AUGGAAUCUCCCUAUCAUCCCGAUCAUAUUUUUGGAGAUGAGGAUACAUGGUACGACGCGCCCCUUGGCCUAGCAGAGCAAGAGAUUGAGGAGUAUUUUGAUGCCCUAGAGGAUCAAAAUGUACUUGUCGGGUUCUCUGAGAAUAAAUACGUUGGCAAUGCGGACAGAGGUCAUUUUCCCGUCAUCCCUGCAAUAACCCUUUUCAACGAAAUCGUCACAUUUGUUACAGCGAAACAGUUUAAAAGUGUUGAUGCGGAAUAUAUUCAACUCAAGCGGAUUAGCAACAAACUUAUCGAUUUGCAAAACGGCCAUGAAGAGGAAAUCAAGAUGCAAGAUUCCAUGAUUGAUGCGUUUGCAAACCAACUUUCGGUCAUCAAGAAAACUCCAUACGAGAUAGAUAAUAUCUACACCGGCUCCGAUUGCAAGAGAAAGAGGGACUUGGUCGUUGAGAAGAUUGACUCUUGCCGUGAGACGAAGGCACGUCUUGAAAAAGAGUACAUUGACAUCAUGUCUGUACUUGCCAAACAGGCCGAGGAAAUUAGGUCAAAGUGGGUCAAAGGACGGGACGAACAGCAGCAGCAUGCACGAAACCUUGAAGCAACUGUCGCGACACAACGUCGCCUCCGAAAUACAUUACGCUGUCAAAAUGAACUGGAACAGAGAAUCUCUGGUCUCCAAGCAGAUAAUCAGUACCUUGAUCGCCGUUUCGCUCGUCUUACAGAGGAAAACGAGAGGUUGCGCGCUAUUGAAGGGGGUGCUGUGGGUCUCCAUUUUGACCAACAACAAGUUACUAUGACUAUCGAUCGUGUGGCAGCACAAUGGGACCACUACAAGGUUCAAGCUCGUGAGUGGCGAUUUAAAUCUAGGUCUCGGGGUGAACAGCUCAGAUUGGAGAGACGUCGUUUGCACGAGGCUUGCCGGCUGUUACACGAGGCCAGGAGCAUGAAUGAGAUACAUCAGGGAGAGUUGGCCGAGGAGAGAACUCGGAUCAGUGAAGUUGUGGUUGAGGUCAAUCAACAGGCGAGACGCAUGCAGCAGCAGGCAAGUUGGGUCAUUGAGCUGGAAACACGUGGGAUGCGGGGUGAGAUAUAUAACAGAUCAAGAAAUGAAUGGGAGGUCACUGGUGCGGCUCACAAGCGCAGGUUCGAUGAAUAUCAGGGGAAAGAAGAUACGCAGGGAGAGGCACGUAUCAAGCGUGAAGAUGAGGCUCAGGGAGAGAAGCAUAUCAAGCGUGAAGAAGAGAUGCACGACGAGAAGCGUAUCAAGCGUGAGCCGCUUGAUUAG